GGUUCUCACUGACCAGCAGCUCUGUCUCCAGGAGAGGAACUCCAGUCUGGACCAAGAGGAACAAGAACCUCCACAGAUUAAAGAGGAACAGGAGGAAAUGUGCACCAGUCAGGAGGGAGAGCAGCUCGUACUGAAGCAGGAGACUGAAACCUGCAUGUUGACUCCUCAUUGUGAGGAAAGUGACCACAGAGAACCAGACGGUGAGCACCAGCUCCUCUCUCACAACUCUCCUGUAGCUGAGAGCCAAGAUCAGAACAGAAGAAAACAUUUGGAUUCAGGAUCAACAGGAAAUGAAGAACCAAACCCACAGAAGAGUUUUCAUGAAAACAGGAGUCACGGUAACAAUGUGGACAACUCUCCCAUAUCAGAGAUUAACUCUAAUACUCAAACAGAGCUCCCACAGCAGCAUGUCUGUAAGGAGGAGGAGGUUCUCACUGACCAGCAGCUCUGUCACCAGGAGGAACAAGAACCUCCACAGAUUAAAGAGGAACAGGAGGAAAUGUGCACCAGUCAGGAGGGAGAGCAGCUCGUACUGAAGCAGGAGACUGAAACCUUCAUGUUGACUCCUCAUUGUGAGGAAAGUGACCACAGAGAACCAGACGGUGAGCACCAGCUCCUCUCUCACAACUCUCCUGUAGCUGAGAGCCAAGAUCAGAACAGAAGAAAACAUUUGGAUUCAGGAUCAACAGGAAAUGAACCAAACCCACAGAAGAGUUUUCAUGAAAACAGGAGUCACAGUAACAAUGUGGACAACUCUCCCAAAUCAGAGAUUAACUCUAAUACUCAAACAGUGUCUAUAUACUCAGGAGAGGGGGGGACAUUUGACCCAUUCUCUGCUGAUGUCUGAGCGCUGGACACGUCCUGUCUGGCUGAUAUCAAAGGAUGACGUGGAGCCCCUCGAUCUGUGCAUAAAAGCCAGUUCAUCAUAGGAGCCAUUUUGUCAGAUUCUUGAGCCGACAGUGGCUUUGAGAAUUCUGUCCCUAUUUGGCCAAAUAGUUACAUUGUAACUCUGUUUGUGUUCAAAUAUAUUCUCUGUAAAUUGUUUCUGGACCAUUAAUUAAAUACUUUGAUAUCAUUGAAA